GCGUCGCUGUCGGAGCAACACAGUGUCGCCGAACACGAUGCACCCUUGAUGCACCUCGCGCAAGGCACACACGCGAAUCUACCUGACGUACGAGCACCGGGAUAUCACACAGUCGCGUUAACUCGCGGCAACGCGCGCGGCCGGUGCGACUGUCGCUGUCAUACGUCGUCGUCGUCGACGUGCGCCACGCGUCUCGCCGAGCCACGGACUCUCGGCACCCGAUUCGGCACCCUGUGAUCGGUGUGACUGCUCCGCGGGCUACUUGCCGCUAAGUACGUCGCCAAGAAGCGCCAUUUUGUGAUCGCGCGUCAGGACGUAAACAUCGGUCUUUCCAAUUGUAUUCUGCGCUACGCGGACGGCACGUCGUCGCCGUGGCCGCACCGCACUGACAGUCCAGUGCGAAUCGCCGGCGCCGUUCCCGCGUUCCUGACGCCUGUUGUGACGCACGGCUGCUCCGUGCCGAGCCGUCGCGACGACAUUUCGCGCCAAAUCCCAUCGACGCACCUGGCGCUGACGAGCGAGAAGAAACAGCUGUCGUUGCGUCGCCGAUCGCUAAGCUAUUCCGACGGCUCCGACGCCGUGCCCGGCUAUCAGGGUCACGAUACAGUGAGGUUCACCAGAGCUUGCGCACAGUGCCACAAGUGACAUUAGUGACAGUUGUCAAAAACAGGCACAUUCUUAAACUAAAGCUCGAAGAUAUGCUUUUUGUUAUUGUUAAGAAGCUUGAUGAGUGAACAAAAGAUUAAGGAAUGCUAUUCUAUUCCAUUCCGCUGGAUGUCAGAUAAGCUGAAAAAUGUCUGGUGAUUCAGGAUGGAGUGUUGUUAUUCACCAUCCCACAGAGAUAGGACUGCAGACUUGGAAUUGGGGAGAAAACGAUGGAGAGCAAGAGAGAGAGCUCCCCUCGACCGUUGACAUGGAUGCCAUAAAAGGUGGUGGUAGCUGGGGUCCUGCUACUGAACCUAAUGGAACAAAUUCGAUCGAUUCCGAAGAAGACUCUGAUUCUGACGACGAAAGCUCUGGUGGAACCGAAGGCAGUUGCUCUUAUUCAGAUUCCAACUCAGAGUCAGACGACGAGAGUAGCGGCGACGAGGAGGAGGGAGACGAUAGCGGGUCUAAUUCGGAUUGCUCCUCCGAGCACAGCGAGCAAACGUUCUCCAUUCAAGAAACUAACUUCGAACAGGGUGCAUUAAAAUUGAAGAUCACCAUGAAAGGUCCAAAAAAGGAAGAGUCUGAGAAAAUCAAAUGUGAAAAAGGCAGAAGAAACGUGCCGAAAAGGCUUAAAACUAAUCAUGGAAACAAGUCCUCAGAAUGCAGCAGUGAAGACUCAGACUCGUCCGCGGGCCACGUCACAUCACAGCAUGCGCAGCAACAACAGUCGCAACAGCAUCACGCGCUGCAGGAGAUCAACCAGGAGGAUCUGACGGCGAUCUUACCGCCUCAGGAGCAAGAGGACGCACCAUUCGACGGUUUUGAGGAUUCUGAGAGCGGCCGGUUGGUGUCGAAAGCGAUCGAACGCAUGUCGCUUGGCGCGGAUUCGGACACUAGCGAGAACGGCGAUCAGAACCCCGUGCCCGUGUACAGUUCGGCUCUACUACAGCAAUUCGUGGAGAAGACCGCGCUGCUGUCGGAACCGCGCAAAAGGCGCAGUAAGUUGGGUAAGAAGCUGAACGACAGUGAGUAUCCCUGUGUGUCAAACGUGUCGCCCGAUUCCGGCAUUCAAUCGGUGGAUAACAGUCCUCUGCAUCUAGCGAUCAGUCCUGUGAGCCCGCUGGCGCAGACCCAAUCCCCGAUUCAGCCGCCGGUUGUUACUAAACCGGCGGUGAAUGUCGAUCGCGUUCUAUAUCCCCCUAAACGGAAACCGGGCAGGCCGGCGAAGACGGUGUCCGCCAUGCAGCCGCGUGGGCCCGGUAGGCCGCGUUUAAAACCAGAGAUUGCCGAGAAGACAGAGAAGAAGGAGGCAAUCUCGGCGAAGAGCGCGAAGCAAGAGGUAGUGUCCGCGGUAAAGAAACGUGGCAAAGCGAAGUCGCUCUCGUACAAGCCCACGCAAGCGUCUAGGGAGCAGAAAGAAGAAAGCGCACCCGCCGCAAGCAAACGAACGAUGAAAGCUAAGCCGACGUAUCAAAAGAAACGCUAUGGCCCGCCUGCAAAACUAUCGCAGGAAAAGACGGGAAUGGUAAAGAAGGCGGGGACGACCACGAACGUCCCGAUGCGAGUAAAGUGCCUAAGCAGAUCCACCGCGAGCAAGCUGCUGCCUCAGUGUGACGGUAGGACCUGCAGGAAAGUCAGACAAGACAGGACGAAUGUGCCUAAUAGUAAGACCACGACCCCGUUGACGCGACAAAGACAGAUGUCCUGUGAACAGGUUGCCAACGACCAGAAGGCGCCAGUGAGCGGUGCCAAUAAGCGAAGUUCUAAGGAGAACCGCAAUAAUACAGCAGCCCUGUCCAGAAAGCAAAACUUGGCGAAGAAGGCCGCCCCAUCGGUCAACACGAGACGCGUGUUAAAGGAGAACAAAUGCAACAAGAAGGCCACCAGCGCUUCUGGAUUCGAGACGAGCGGCGUAGGCGUGCAGACGUUAAUUUCCUUGCCGGUGGGUGACAUACUGAAAGCUGAGAACACAGAGCGCGUGUCCAACAAGUGCGACAAGGCGACGCAGCCGGCACACAACAACCAUUGCCACAAGCAUCAUCACCACAAACAUCGCCGGAGACUGCUCGCACCUCCUAAGAACCCGAUUCGCAUCAAUCCGUGUAUCAUUCAGGAGAUGGAGAAGCUGAUCGAAGAGUUUACAAGGUCGUGCAGCUUGGGCAGGAACAACGCCGGCGCAAAUCACCCCGAAUUGCCGCAGAUCUUUCGCGUGAAGAAGGUCACGAAGAAAAGGAAAGGCGACGUGAACGCGGGCGACGAUCAGAAGAUGAAGCGGCGGCUGAAGAAGGAGAAAGUGCUCGCCGGCGCGGACUCCAAGAGCAGCGCGAACACCAGCACAAAUUCGAACCCUAACGAACAAAGGCUGCCGUUGAAGAAGCGCCACUACCACGUGUCAAGCCCUCACAGCUCCCAGAGCUCAAACGCGAGUUGUGCGGACACGAACGUGAACGAGUCUAACUCGACAGAGAAUCACAUCGAGGAAGCGAUCGAGGCCACCAUCACCAGGUAUGGCGGCAGCUCCGCAUCUUCCGUUCACGAAGAGGCAACGCCGGUGACACCGAAGAAGAGACUUCGGGAUGCGGACAACGCAGUGCUCGAUAAGCAGAGCAGUGAUGUCUCCGAGGAUAAGCCUGCCGCCCAGUCGGAAGUGCAACCACGCCGGAAGAAGAAGAUUGUCAAGGACCUUCGUGUUACCGUGACGAAGUUGCCGACCGAGAGCCAUGGUGGCAUCCUUGACAAAGGUGACAAAGCGGACAAGUCCGUGGAAAAGAGCUCCAAGGUCUCCACGGAAAAAUCCACCAAGGCCGAAAAGACGACGGCCUUGGCCGAACGUUCAAUGAAGGCCGACAAAGCACAACCGGAUGACAAGCUCGAUGUCGAGCAUGUUCGCGCGGAGAAGAGCAUUAAGGUCGACUCGGAGUUGCAUGUUUCCGAGGCACUCGAUGAUGCUGAGACUGUUAGCGAGAGCAAAGUGAUCGCUCGUGUCGGUAACGCGAACAUGCCGAAUCUCAUGAACAAUACCGCGGCGAUGAUUCUCACAAAAAAGAAGAUGAGGCGACGGAAGACUAUCAAUCGCACGGGUUUCCCCACUCUGAAGAAGAAAAAGAAGAAGAAGGAGGUCGUCAACGAUUCUUCCGCAAGCAAUAACCCGUUGAUCAACCUCGUUAAGGCGUUGAGCAACGACUCGCGCAUAGAAACGCCUCUGACGACAACAGAGGAUAAUAAAGUGUCGUUAUUAGAGAAUGAUGCUCAAAACGCUGUCUUGGAAAGCAGUGAAGACAAACGGAAUGCUCGCGGCGACGUAAAGAACUUCGACAAUUCCAGCACCGCGCAAGAGACGUCCAGCCGGAGCGGCUCAGAUGAGGUGACCGAGACCUGUACCGGUCAGUUGAGAGUCCGCAAGGACCUCGUGGAGUCUGACAGCAGCGUGUUGUCCGACAAGCUGUAUCCGGUGAAAUACGAAAAACUUCAGGACUGUCGUACCUAUGACGAGAAUGUGUCUCUGGAAGAGUCCUUGGAGCGGUACAACCAGAGCCAACGCAUCGCCGAGCUCAGCGAGGAGAAUCUUCGGAAACUGGAACGUGCGAACGCACAGGCAGCGAGUGUCAAAAUGGAAUUGUCUAGUUGUUUCAAUAACAAUCACAAGAGAAGGAGAGGCUCGGCCAGUCCUUCCAAUUUAGGUCCCAGGAGCGCGAAGAGACUGAGGAGCGGUGGAUACGACACAGAGAGUGAAGCGCCUCCUAGCAGCGACGUAGCCAGCGAGGAUCAGGAAGUGAGGAAACCCGUCGGUGCCACGCACAACCGGAAGAAGCAGUCGAGAUGGAAGAAGCGAUACUUCCAUACCAAUUGUGUGUUCUCCGAGUACAACAAAAAGAUCAUGUGCGAUUGCCUGCAGCAUUGCGCCACGUUACCGCCCAAUGUGUAUCAUUGCGGGAAGCUGCUGCGACAGAGGAAAAUGCCGGGUCAACUGCACUACGAGUGGUUGAACGCGCAGCCGAGGCAACUGCAAUCGCUAGCCCAGCCAUUACUGCAACAACAACCGCAGCAAAAAAGUCAGAAAAAGGUGCCAUCAUGGAAUUACAAGAAAAUCCGGACGAAUAUCUAUUAUGACGUUAAGCCGACCACUCUGUACGAAGCGCAGGCCUGCGAAUGCAAGCCGGAGAGUGGCUGCGGCGACGAUUGCAUCAACCGUAUGGUGUUCAGCGAAUGUUCGCCGCAAUUGUGCCCCUGCGGCGACAAGUGUAAAAAUCAGAAGAUCCAAAAGCAUGAGUGGUCACCGGGAUUACAGAGGUUUAUGACCAAGGAUAAGGGAUUGGGAGUGAGAACGCAGCAAGCUAUCAAAUCUGGCAACUUUAUCCUUGAAUACGUCGGUGAGGUUGUGUCGGAGCGGGAGUUCAAGUCGAGGAUGGCGACCAGGUACGCUAGUGAUACUCAUCAUUAUUGUUUACACUUGGACGGAGGAUUGGUGAUUGAUGGUCAUCGUAUGGGCGGCGAUGGCAGAUUCGUCAAUCAUUCCUGCGAGCCCAAUUGUGAAAUGCAAAAAUGGAGUGUUCACGGACUACCGCGCAUGGCAUUAUUCGCAUCGAGGGAUAUUAAACCGGGCGAGGAGCUGACAUACGAUUACAAUUUCGCGUUAUUUAAUCCAUCGGAAGGACAACAGUGCAGAUGCGGUAGUAGCGCCUGCAGAGGUGUCAUAGGUGGCAAGAGUCAAAGGGUAGCUCGAAGUAUACCCUCAUUACCGUCGCAGGCGGAAUCCACCGAGAGGAGAUCAGUCGGAAGACCGCGGAAGAACGUUCGAAAGUCGAAUACGGUGCAGUCGGCGAACUCAAAGAGUAUGUGCAAAUCCCGCAAAAUGGGAGACACAACCUUGACGCACGCCCCAUUGUUGAGACCGAUGUCUUACCAGCAACGAUGUUUCGCGCGGGAGCAUCACUGCUUCCUGCUGCGGAACCUGGAAAAGGUGCGCCGACUGAAAUCGUCGGUACAGCAGUCGGUGCACGUGCAGAACGGGAAGACGAAGUUCGGUAACGCGAGAGACACGAAGGACAAAGCUGCCGGAGACUCGAAAGCGCAAUCCGACGCGUUCUUCUCGCAAUUAACCGCGCUGACGAACACGAACGCACGAACGGUGCGAACGCGUAGACUCGCACAAGCGCAGGACGACCCGGAAGUACAUAAGACUGCAAAAUUAGCUAAGGUAUUAAAAGACUUGUACACAAUCGUUGCGACGACGAAUGACGAGAACGGGCAACUGUUGUGCACACCGUUUAUGACCUUACCCCCAAAGAGAAAAUUGCCGGAUUAUUACGAGAAGAUCACGGAGCCCAUCGACUUGAACACGAUAGAUCAAUGCAUCGGCACCGGUCAUUAUAAGACUGCGGAGCACUUCGAUCAUGAUAUGAUAAGGCUUUUUGACAACAACGUGAGGUUCUUCGGCAGGACGUCGGAAAUCGGGAUCGCCGCGGCGAGAUUACGAAAAUUGUACCUGGGAAGUAAGCCUGAUUUCGUGGACGCUAUAACGGAAGCGAUGGGCUCUCCGCCGUCGCAAGGCUUCUUGCCACCUCGUGGUUCCACAGCUGGGGAAGAAGAUGUGAUUAGAUGUAUUUGCGGAUUACACAGGGACGAAGGCUUGAUGAUCCAGUGCGAGCGUUGUCUCGUUUGGCAGCAUUGUGACUGCGUAAAAGCGGACACCAGCGUCGAGUCUUACUUGUGUGAGAGAUGUCAGCCGCGCGAGGUCGAUUUAGAGAUUCCAUUAGAGCUAGAAGUUCCGACAGACUGCGACGAAGAGGAGAAAGGCAAGAAACACUAUGUGACAUUACUGCGGGGCGACCUGCAGCUCCGACAAGGCGAUACAGUAUAUGUCCUCAGAGACACACCCGAAAAGCAUACGUAUAAAACCAUACAGAAGCCUGACUAUGAGCAAAUGGACAUUUUCAGAAUCGAGCGUCUUUGGAAAAACGCUGCAGGCGAGAGAUUUGUGUUCGGGCAUCAUUAUCUGAGACCUCACGAGACAUAUCACGAACCGACGCGGAAGUUCUACGUGAACGAAGUUGUGUGCGCUCCGUUGUACGAGGCUGUCCCUUGCGAUCUCGUGGCCGAGCGUUGCUGGGUACUCGAUCCUCACACUUUCUGCAAAGGUCGCCCGGUCGGUUCUACUGCUGAACAUACAUACGUGUGUGAAUAUCGUGUUGAUCGUGCUGCGCGACUCUUCACGAAAGUGUCUCGAGCCAGGCAUCAAGUAUGCACAAAACCAUACGCAUUCGAAACCUUCCCACAGCGUAUAAAACAUUAUCGUACUUACUUGCCUCACAGCCUCGAAGGAAUUCAACUUGGCAAAAAGUUCUUCUUGUCGAAAGACAAGAAGAAGAAUAAUAACAAUCACGAGGUAGACGGGAAUCAGAAAAUGGAAUCCGGUGACAACACGAAGGCGCCCAACAAAGAGCCCAAAUGCGCCAGUGGUACCAGGACCAGACGAAGAUCGGGUGGCGAUAUCUUGACGAUCGCAACAUCCACAACGUCAUAUAUUCAGAGGGAAGAUCAGAAGAAGCGACUAAACAGUAUCCUCCUACAUCUACUGCAAAAAAUGCCGAAUAAAAAAGACCCGUUGGAUUUGUCUUUCCUUUUAGAAAGAAAUAGACGAAACCGAAAAAGACCCGGCGGGCUCAAUCCGUGACAAUGGGUAAUAUCGCAACGAUAAUACCGGUACUGUAUAUGAGCUAGACGACCUUCUGCUAACAUCAAUCUCAGUCAGAAUAAUUUAAGCUAAGUUAGAUAUAAGGUUAAUCCGUUCUAAACUCGGUUCUGCUAUAGGUCAAGGUCAUUGUAUAUCCUUCUCCCUUAACGAGGAAAGCAUCAGAGAAAUGAGGAAAGUGUGUGACUCCUCUUCGUAUAACCCGUCCAUUGAUAUAAUUUAUAUCAAUAUCGUAGAGAGUCGAGAGUAAAAUAUUCGUUAUCAGAACAAUUAUCAGUCGGUAUUUUUCUUAUGAUUUCUUUUAUAUCCUCUUUUUUUCCUUUUAUAGAUCAGGCUAAGUAUUAUCUAUUCGAUUUGCUUCCGAAUAGGUUUUUUGUUAUCUAUAACGAGUCUUGACUCACGAUAUUCAGUCAAUCACGUUACGAGUAACUUAUGAGUACUCAGAAUUCAGUGUACCAUGUUAAUUUCACUCCAGUUAGAGGGUAUUUAGCGAAGGAGAGCUAGUUAAUCGUUUCUCCCAACAGCAAAUAAUGAGCUAUUACGUUAUUAAUAUAAUUAUGACUCACGUACUCUUGUAUAGAAUCGUUUGUAUAGCUUUUUUUCAUAGUUAUUAUUUCAUAGUAAUGAUUAUAGCUGAAUGUACAAAUUACAAAGUUACAAUUACAAGUUAUACGGGAUAAAACUCCUAAAAUGGGAUAAACGUUAUAUCCAGUGUGAGAUGUAGAAAAUAUCGGUAUAAAUAACGCGCGUGCGCGCGCGCGCGCGUAUAUGCGUGUGUGUAUGAGUGAUUGAUGCUUUACUGCACAGAAGUAAUAUUAUAUUUUUCAUAAUCCCGGUGUGUGUUAUUCAAAUCAAAUGUAACAUAUAACUUUCUCCAGUUUACGGAAGAAUCUUUACGCGAAUGUAUAUUUAAUUUAUUGAUAUAUAUUGAAUUAUUGUAGUCGAACGCGACUGGACGGCGGUCGCAGUGAUUCCAAUAUUGUAUAUAUGUACUCGCUGCGCUCCAUAUUUAUUAUUGCAUUACACAGUAUGGUAGAUACAUCUUAUGAUAUAUAAAUAUCUUUAAUAUACGCCUUACUUCUUUCAUUCUUCUUUUUGUUCGUAUGAGACUAUCCUAUAAAGUAGACUUUACUUUUAUGAAAAUUUUCUCAUAGUAUUAUGUUUCCAUUGACGUAAGACUAAAACGCACAUAUAUGUAAAUAAUAUAUUAUUUUAAUAUAAUAUAUUAAUGUAUAUAUUAUAUUAUUAUACAUAUAUGUUUAUAUAUAUAUAUAUAUACCUAUAUAUAUUUAUAUGCAUAUUAGAAGUAGUGCAGUAACACGCUUUUGUGUAUAUUGAGCGCACGAAAUUAAUACGAGAGCUAUUUAUUUUAUUUAAAUAACAAUCCUCAAUUCUUUUCAGGAAAUUAAAUUGUAAUAGGCGUAUAUAAGAGCUCAACACGCAAAUUCCAUACAAAGUGCGUAACUAACGAAGAAUAGAAACUAUAAGAAACAGAAUAAAACAUGAUAUGAGAUGUUACAAAAGUUUCGGUCUUAUUUUUGGACGCUUCUCAAUGCAAAGUAAAUACCGUUACAUAAUCGAUAUGAUGCAAUCGUCAAUAGUUUACGGAAAAAAAGUAGUAGAGUUGUGUAAAAAAGCGAAUAGAUCUAAUAAAACGGAAACAUUUUGUUGACAUUGCAUCGGGUUUUGCUUCAUAUUAUGACCGAUAAUUUUUUCUUUGUUUUACGCAUUUAGAACUUGCGUUCGCUUCUUAGGCCUAUCGCAAUCUUAUUUCUCUGAUUGUAUAUUAUACCAUAUCAAGUAUAAGAGCUUUAUUUAUAAUUUUUCUUCUAAUUUUUUUUCUUUUGGCAACAAGCGCUUGCGCAUUUCUAUUCGAUGUAUCUCUAUGUAAUAUCAUCAAAAUAUUUAUUAUAUUGUGUAAUCCAAAAAUAAAAGAAAUAGGAAAGGUAAGGAGAAUACUAAACUUCGAAGCUGGCCUUCUAACGUAAGCUGACGUAAUAUAGGAGAAAGAGAGAAACACGCGGUGUGUGUGAGCUGUUUUUAAAUUAGAUUCAAAGCGUUAUUACCGACCCGAGUUCGCAUUCGUUGGUUUUCGGAGAAGCGUAUAUCGAGAAGAGGACGACAUUGGACACGCGGAACGAUAUCGUCGCGCAUCUUUUCCAUGACACGAAAGAAGAGGCGGGGGGAGAAGCAGGAGGAAGUUGCAUCAUUUUUCCAUUCGAUUAUAUCGAUGCGAUUAUCGUCCGUUUAAGAAUAACGUAAGGAAUGCAACGUAUAUUUGUAUCAUAUUGAUAUCGAAGACAACGACGGCAAUAAUUGAGAGGAUAUAUUAGUUUAUUCUAAAAUAUAUAGUUGCGAUCUUACACGGCGUCUAUAUAUCAUUAUUACGCACGAGUGUAUAUUCUGUGCGAGGUGUUUUCCAGCUACUCAAAAUUAUUAUUUUACUAAUCGUACAUUCUUUCUGCUUUUCUUUCCUUUCUUAACGCAUUCGAACGCUGUACUACACGACGUAUUUUUUUUUUUGUAAUAAUAUCCGAAUGAGUCGCGCGAUGCCAGAUGGAUGCGGAACCUCUUUUCUUUUCUCUUCUUCUCGAUUUCAUGCGAUAACGACAUUAACAAAGUUACGGUGAUAUGUGUAACAUCGAGUUUUAACCAAACGCAGCUUCGUCGAAAGCUUAUUGUGCGACUGCACACUACGACACAAAUUAUAUUACUGAACGUGUUUCGUACAAUAUUAAGCAGACAUUAUUAUAUCACGCAGCUUAUAAUUUUGCCGGGCUUCCGCUCAGUAUAACGUGUCAUCACUCGAUCAUGUAUUAAUUUUAUCGAUUCACAUGUUAUCGGCUAAGAGCGAUAAGGUCGAUCGAGAUAUAUAAUGUAUCGCGCGCAAUAAAAGGAUCAUUGUAUUUUCGUACUUGAAGAUCGGUAAGGUGCGAUUAUUUCUUUCACGUCUAGGAUAUAUCUUUCGUUUUAUAUGUUUACUAAAUCACUCUGAUCGUGAGAAAAAGCGCGGCUACUCUACUCUCAUAUCAAGCGAUUUCGUGCACUUGAUUUCAAUGCACAAUUUGAACUCUUCUCUUUUUUUUCGAGUAGCAACAUUAGGACGCGGCUCCAACGGUCCGAUGAGAGAACUUAUAACAUCUGAAAAUUAAUCAAAAACAAGUUCUCUCACCGAAUAAUCGGCUGCGUUCCAAACUAUAACUCGAAAGAAAAAAAGUGAUUCAACCGUAUUGGAAUUAAGUUUGCACACCUCCAUUAAGCGACAUUUUUUUCUUUUUCUCCCUUUCAUUUUUUCUUUAAAUUGUCGUACACGUAUAUUAGUACGACACGAGAUGCAUUAAUGACAUUUUUCCUUUGUUUUCCUCUUUUUUUGAUCAAUCGAUCAUUCAUAACAGUAGCUGUGUAAUAACUUGCCUCUUGAGUUCGCUUACAUAUAAUUAACACACUAUUAUAACAUUUAGAUAUAAUCAAAAGACACGAGAGAGAGAGAGAGAGAAAGAGAGAAAGAAAGAAAGAAAACGAAUUAUUGUUGCGACGACAGGCUUUCAGCUACCUAUGUAGUGCAUGUACAGACCAUUGUAUUGUACUCUGAUGAACACAAAUACACGUGAAGUUUCCUUAUA